GCGUUACCGGAGCGUGAUGUUUCUACUUAUAAAGCUUUGGCCCCUGUGCACACAAUCUUUAUUUUAGUUCACUGCAGAGUUGCUUCUCUAAAACAGGAAAAUAAAUCAUGGUUUUAUUUUCGUUAAAAGCGAUUUAACGUUAACCGCGUGUCGGCAUCUCUGCGGAUUAUUUACCGUAUUAGCGUAGUUUAACUAACGUUACAAAUAAUAUGUUCACGAUAUACUAAAGUUAGACAUGCUAAAUUGGUUGUUUUGCAUUUAAUAAUACCUUAAAAGGGGCGCAAUUGUAAAUGGGGAAACCAAAGUUAUAGUGAAUACAAAAAUUAUUACUUGUAUGAAUGUAAAUCGAAUAUUAAAGAUUCUAGUUAUUUGCAGCUCUUUGAUAAAAUUAAAAACUUUGAAUUGCAUGGGUCAGAAAGCAGAUAUUUUUUAGACCUAAGUGCUUUUUUGGUUGCUUAGUGCCACUGUAAUGUGCAUACAUGACUUUUUCCUUUUACAAUUCAUCCAUUAAGAUUUCUGCAUCACAGUGCACCUGUAUAACUAUCUUCAAAUUGACUUUCUGGAUGAUGUGCAAUUAACCCUUUCACGCAAGAAUUAUGACAACCGGAGUCGGGAUUUUUUUUCCUGUGUCAAUUUUUAAAUGUCUGCUAGAGUGGAUGAUAUGCUUUCUGGUUUCUAACUGAAUAGAAAGUGUAUUAAUCGUAAGACCCAGUCCCAUCUUUGUAUCUGCAUCCGAGGCGUCUUCAAAGCAAAAAAAGAGUAUGCCUGCCAUCAUGUUUCAGGGCCAGGGCAUGAGAAAAACAACAGAUUGUUACAAUGUGACAUAUAGGGCGAUGAAUGGACUUGUGUCCCCUGUAGUAGUUUAAAACAGUUAUGCCAUCUGAACUCAUGCAUAGCCUAAACUGUAUAGAUCGGUGAUGGAGGAUGUUAUUAAUGAAGUCCGUGAGCUUUUCCUGGAUGAGGGAGUGGAUGAACAGGUCCUAAUGGAGCUUAAAACGCUGUGGGAGAAUAAGUUGAUGCAGUCUAAGGCGGUGGAAGGUUUUCACUCAGAGGAGCAGCAGCAGGCUCAACGGCUGGUCCAACAAACUCAGCAGACACAACAACAAACUCAAACACAAGUGCUCCUGCCCCCAGCACAGCAGGUUCCUCAGCAGCAGGUCAUUGUUCAGGAUCCCAAGCUUAUCCAGCACAUGAACGCAACCGGAAUGAGUGCAGCAGCCACAGCAGCAACAUUGGCAUUGCCCACAGGUGUAACACCAUUUCAGCAACUUAUAACCCCUCAGGGUCAGAUCCUGCAGGUGGUCAGAGCUGCCAAUGGGACACAAUACAUUAUUCAGCCUCAACAGCAGAUGUUGUUGCAGCCACAGGUCCUGCCACAGAUGCAGCCUGGAGGAGUGCAGGCCCCUGUCAUACAGCAGGUGUUAACACCUCUUCAGGGGGGCAUUCCUCAGCAGGGUGGAGUUAUCAUUCAACCACAGCAUAUUGUUCUAACAGGAAAUAAAGUCCAGCAGAACACUCAGGUCAUGCAGGCAGCGGCCAUGACUGUGCAGCCCAUACAGGGAGCGGCGCAGGCCCAGGCGCAGGCCCAGGCGCAGGCCCAGGCGCAGGCCCAGGCGCAGGCCCAGGCGCAGGCCCAGGCCCAGGCGCAGCCCGCACAACAGGAACAGCAACAACAGGCUGCCCAACCUCCCAUGAUGCUCCAGGUGGAUGGUGCAGGAGACACAUCCUCAGAAGAAGAUGAUGAGGAGGAGGAGUAUGAUGAGGACGAUGAUGAAGAUAAGGAGAAAGAUGGUGGAGAGGAUGGACAGGUGGAGGAGGAGCCAUUAAACAGUGGAGAUGAUGUCAGCGAUGGAGAAGACCAAGAGCUGUUCGACACAGAUAAUGUGGUUGUUUGCCAGUAUGACAAGAUUCACAGAAGUAAGAACAAAUGGAAAUUUCACCUGAAAGAUGGAAUAAUGAAUCUGAAUGGACGGGAUUACGUUUUCUCCAAAGCCAUUGGCGAUGCAGAGUGGUGAAGGGCAAAGCUCAAAACUGUCCACUGUCAAGGCAAGACACAUCGAGACCUGAAACUGUACAUUUCAGGUGAAAUCUUCUCUGAUCGGCAACUGAAGAGUCUCAUUGCUACUGUGCUGUUUGAAUGAUAUCUGCACAAAAUGAUGUGCCAUCCAGUUAUUUUUUUAAAGAUGGCCCUUUCUCUCACAGGAGUCUUUAGCCUUUUAUUUACAAAAAUAUUUUUCCCCCUCAGAUGUAUGAAAGUGUAUUUGGUGCCACUAGCCAAUUUUAGCGCAUAGCGCUAACCGAAAGGUUAUUUCUGGUUUGUUAGGAUGGCCUUAGUACAGUUUAAAAUGUUUGUUGUCGAUUUCCGUAGCAAAGUCAAUUUAAAGCAUAUCAUCCAAUGUCGAGAUCUUUCAACCCAUACAAACACUAAUGCAACCAAGAACUGUGUACCGGUUGUUUUCUCUCUCUGAAAUUUGCUGUGUUUUUAGGCCUUUGUUUAACGGCAGAGAUACCAAUGAACAAGCAAGAUAAGUGUAAUGUUAAUUCCACUAAAUGUGUUUGUGUGUCUAGGAUUAUUUUCGCAGAUCUUGUAUUCUAAAUCCUGUGUGUUUGUGUGCAGUUACUGCAUUAGAUGUCGAUGAAGCGCUCUGUCAGGCUUCCCACUUUAAUUAUGGUCAGGUUAGAUCGUAUUUAUUCCUGAAGCUCAGGCAGCAUCAUGUUUUGGGGGAUGAAACCGAACUGUGCUCUUAUGAAAGAAGUGCUCCUUUCAAGUCUGUUGGGGAGGAUUUCAGCAUUUUGUGCUUUGCAAAUAUUUCCCCCUUCCAUAAGAAGUGUGUAAAUCUGAGCUUUAAUCCUUUCCCUUACAGUCUGAUUUUUUUUCUUCCUGCUUGUGUCCAUAUGUUCAGCAAUUCAGAGUGCUGUUAUUCUAAAAGAAUUCAAAAUGUUGAUACUAAAAUUGUUUUAGUUUGGUCCAGCUUGUCUUUUUGGCUCUAUGUCGGUUUGGAAACAUUUUGUUGUUAAUUUCUUAGCUCCUUUGUUUUUGUGCCUUUCAGAUUUAUUUUAGAUAUCAGGUCUUUGUCUGAAAAGAGGAAAGCCUUUUAAACAAAUCCUAUGGAGUGUAAAUUUCGCUUUGCUUUUUUUAUGUAGUUUACCAGUAUUGCAGAGUUACUGUCUUCAUUACGUGAGGAAAUUUACUGUUCAUGGCUUCAUAUACUGUUUUACCAAAAUUUUCUGUCACUGAUUCGCAUCUCUAUGAAGGCAGUUUUGUGUAAGAUCUUUAACCAAUUGAAAUCCAUUAAAAAAUGUUUUUGCCUAUGCUGAAUUUUAUUAAAGCACUAUUAAAAUUUA